AAGCCGUACCUGCUGAGGGGGUCAGGACGGGGUUGUGUGGCGGACGAGGGAAGCACCAGAUUAGGAAGGCGCCGAGCGGCGGUGGCGUGGACCCUUUCAUCCUGCGGAUCGGUUAACUCCACCUCGUUCUUUGGUGUUUCUGUAUUUUUCUCACGCCUACCACUCAGGAUGAACCCGGAGCCGAGGCAGCGGCAGGAGAACUUAUUCACCGAUGCAACCCAAAGUGUGGAAGAGGAUCCACUAAUAGACAAUUGCCUUCUUUAUGGCGAUUCUCUAGUUGGUGAUAUGCGAGCCCAUUUCAAAGGUGUGCCAACAGUCUGUUGGGGAAUUCUGUUAGCAUUUCUGCAUGUUGCUUUUGUAGUUUUGGCAUUCCUUUUGGUCUUUUUGUGUGAAACACCAGCUGACCUUUGCACAAGUGUCCUUGGGUCCUUCAACGCUGUGACCAUUAUAACAAUUACAAAGGUCAUCCUUUGGGCUGUCUAUGCUGUCUUUGAAUAUUACUUGCAAGUUCAGCAUUCCAAGUUCAGAAUGAGAGGCUAUCUGGAAUUGUACCGCUCCAUAAGGCAUCUGAAGCGUCUGCCGCUACUUAUUCAUUCUGCAGGAAAUGCAACAUUCUUAGUACUUUUUGUGCUGAUGCAGCUUGAACUGGAAACUCUGGUGAUAUACUUCAUUCUUGGAGUCCUGACAGUGGAGCUUUUCUUUUCUUCAGUAUGCCUCAUCAUUUACACAGGUGAGGGGAAAGAAAAGAAACCAGCAUUCCCCGCUGAGUACUCGGAGGCAAUGCAAUUCAAUUGGUAUUACAACAGAUUUCACGCACUUGUAUUUACACAUGAACAGUUCCCACCAUUCUAGGUUUCAGUUGGUAGG